AGGAACUGAGAGAAUACUCCUGCUGCGGGACGCACCACUCCCGGACUCCCGUUUUCUGGAGUAAGUGAUUUUUCCAUGAUUUUUUGAGGGAUGUUUUAAUGAAAACGCGUCCAGGUUACUGUUUCUAAACAUUCGGUCUAUUUUUCUUCUGCGGAGCAGGAGAAGACUCAACCAUGAUAUCAAAGGUGAUCUUUCUGGGCCUCCUGUAUGGAGUGGUCACGCAAGGGCAGCCAUACAGUGGGCCGCUGGUUCAGCCUACCCCAGAAUGCAACAAAAAGAUUGAGUGUCCCAUCCAACUGUAUUUUGUCAUCGACACGUCGGAGACCAUAGCCUUGCAGGAGUCCCCGCCUGGCAGCUUGGUGGAGAGCAUCAAGCAGUUCACUGAGAUGUUUGCCAGGAAGCUGGACGAUAUAGAAUACAAGGACAUGGUGCAGAUCACAUGGUCCCUGGGUGGUCUACACUUCUCCCAGAGGAGGGAGAUCUUCAGUCAAAUAUCCAGCAGGGACAACUUCAUCGAUGGCCUGCAAAGAAUUGUUUACCUGGGCAGAGGCACUUACAUCGACUGUGCCCUCACCAACAUGACCCUGGAGAUGUCUCGCGCCACCCCCACGACGAAAGUAAUCCAGUUCGCCGUGGUGAUCACCGACGGUCAUGUGACGGGCAACCCCUGUGGCGGGAUCAAGGUGGCGGGGGAGCGCGCACGGGACGAUGGGAUCAAGAUAUUCGCCGUGGGGGCGACCACAAACUUGGACGAGACGGGGAUGAAGGAGAUUGCCAGCUCUCCGGCCGACCUCUAUCGCAACGACUUCUUGGCAGUCGACCUCAGCUUAUCGCCCCCCCAAAUUAUGACAUCGACUAUCGACCGCAUCAUCAAAACCAUGACGCAUCAGGCUUUCCAGGAGUGUUACGCACUGAAGUGUUUGGAAACAGAGGGACCCCCCGGUCCGAAAGGCCACAGAGGAAACAAGGGAGCGAAAGGUGACAGUGGAUUUCCUGGGCCAAAAGGUGAAAGAGGUCGACAGGGUGAUCCUGGUAUCGAAGGUCCUAUUGGCCAUCCUGGUCCAAAGGGUGAAUUCGGACACAAAGGAGAAAAGGGUGAAUCUGGAUCUGCAGGCAAGAAGGGUGUGGCUGGUCUCCCCGGACGCAACGGGACUGACGGUCAAAAGGGAAAGAUAGGUCGCAUUGGCGCUCCUGGCUGCAAAGGGGACCCAGGCGACAAGGGACCUGACGGAUAUCCGGGAGAUGUUGGUGACAGUGGAUUGCCUGGAACCGAAGGAGAAAAGGGAGAUCCUGGUCGCCCUGGAAGAUCAGGCCCCACCGGCCCGGAUGGAGAACCUGGACCUUCGGGUGACAAUGGAAGUCCUGGAUCACCCGGAAUUCCUGGGGCAAAAGGAACUGCAGGGACAGCUGGGAGACCUGGACCAAAAGGCGAACCUGGAAGAAGAGGUGACUUUGGACCAAAGGGAAAAGUUGGAAACAACGGACCAAAAGGAGAUAAGGGUGAAUUUGGGCCCGAGGGACCGAGGGGACUAGCUGGUGAAGUUGGAGGCAAAGGAGCCAAGGGAGACAUUGGGCUGCCAGGGCCACGGGGUCCCCCAGGAAGCCAAGGAGAGGCAGGGAGAAAUGGUACUACUGGAGAUCCCGGUGAUGCAGGACCAAGGGGAGAUCCUGGCCCCUUAGGGCCCAAGGGCGACCCAGGAAGACCUGGAUUCAGCUAUCCUGGGCCAAGGGGACCCACGGGUGACCGGGGUGACAAAGGAGGCCCUGGACCGCGAGGGAGCAGAGGCGACUGUGGGCAGAAGGGAGAACCUGGUGUUAAGGCUGAACCAGGUGAACCGGGAGAGCCAGGACCUAAUGGUGAGCCUGGUCAAAGAGGUCCCAGAGGAGAAGGUGGAAAAGAUGGUGGUCCUGGUCCUGAGGGUGACCCCGGCCUUACUGACUGUGAUGUCAUGAACUACAUCAGAGAAACCUGUGGUUGCUGUGACUGCGAGAAGCGAUGUGGAGCUCUGGACAUCGUCUUUGUCAUCGACAGCUCAGAGAGCGUGGGGCUGACUAACUUCACUCUGGAGAAGAACUUUGUCAUCAACACCAUUAACAGAAUGGGCUCCAUUGCAAAAGACCCCAGUUCUGAAACAGGAACCCGUGUGGGCGUGGUACAGUACAGUCACAGCGGAACCUUCCAAGCCAUUAGACUCAACGACUCGAAGAUAGACUCCCUGUCGGCCUUCAAAGACGCAGUCAAGCGGCUGGAGUGGAUCGCGGGGGGGACCUGGACACCCUCAGCCCUCAAGUUCGCCUACGACAACCUCAUCCGCGACAGCCGCCGCUCGAAGGCCCAAGUGACCGUGGUGGUCAUCACGGACGGCCGCUUCGACCCGCGCGACGACGACUCCCUGCUCACGUACCUCUGCAACGACGCCAGCGUCGACGUCAACGCCAUCGGCAUCGGCGACAUGUUCGACCAGCCCGAGGAGAACGAGAGCCUGAAGUCCAUCGCCUGCCAGAAGAGCAACCGCAUCAUGGGCAUGAGGCGCUUCGCCGACCUGGUGGCGGAGGAGUUCAUCGACAGGAUCGAGGACGUCCUCUGCCCCGAUCCCAUAACCGUUUGUCCUGAUCUCCCCUGCACAACAGAGCCGUCGGUGGCCAACUGCGUCCAGAGGGCCGUGGACCUCGUCUUCCUAUUGGACGGCUCGGAGCGAAUCGGCGAGGAGAACUUCCGCCGCGCCCGCGACUUCGUGGAGACCGUGGCGCACCGCCUGAUCCUGGCGGAGAGCAACGACGACGCGAUGCACACCCGCGUGGCGCUGCUUCAGUACGGCAACGAGAACGAGCAGCGCGUGGCCUUCCCGCUCUCCUACAACAUGACCGCCAUCCUCAAUGGCCUGUCGCGCAUGGCCUACAUGGACUCCUCCUCCAACGUGGGCACGGCCAUCAUCUACGCCGUCAACAACAUCGUCAAGGGCGGGAACAACCGCCUGGCCAGGCGCAACGCCGAGCUGUCCUUCGUCUUCAUCACGGACGGCAUCACGGGCAGCAAGAGCCUGGACGAGGGCAUCAACUCCAUGCGCAGGGCGGAGGGCGUUCCCACGGUGAUCGCGCUGGGCAGCGACAUGGAUCAGGAGGUACUGAGGAAGCUCGCGCUGGGGGACCAGUCGGCCAUUUUUACAGGGCAAGACUUCUCGGACCUCUCAAAGCAAAGCUUCUUCGAGCGCUUCAUCAGGUGGAUAUGUUAAAGAAGAUCCUAUUGGGUACCAGGAGGGGGAGGGGGGGGGGCAGGCUUUUUUUGUAUGUUUAAAUUCUACAUAAUUGCAAAGCAAGGGGUCUUUUUUUGUUUGUUAUUUUUUCAAAGACUUUCUGGGGUUAUGAAAGUCAGUUGAAUAAUGUAUCCUCAUCAAGGUGCUAAUGUAGGGGAAUUUUUGAGUUUUACCUUUAUAUCUUUGUAAGAACCAUUCAUAGAUUGCACAUAAUCUGUUUGGCAAGGUGAACACACAACUAUAUUUGACAUAUCAUAUACAGCUCCGAUACCUUUUGCUGCUGAUGAUUCAGCUAAGAGUUUUGAGACCGUACCCACUUUUCAAGUCAAAGUUGCCAUUAGGCAGGAAAUGAACUAGUUAACAGUAAUGGAUUUAAAGUAUACACUGAAACAGACCAGUCACGUCCUUAGCUUUUAAUGAGGUCAUUAAGGGGACUGUUACACUAAUGGUCUAUUCUGAAGACUGGUGCAUUCACACACAAUAGAAUGUAAUGGAGUGUUGUCAAACAACAUUUAAAUAAGGAUUUACAAAAUGUAACCACAGUAAUACAAGUCACUUUCCUUAGCACUAUCAAUUUGAAUUUGUCAACUUGCAAAUUGGAACUUUAUAAUAAUAUCAAGCGAUUUUUUUCUGAUGCGUCUGGACAGUGAGACCAAGUCCUUUUGACAUCAGAUUCCAGUUGUAAGUUUAAUAAAAUGAUCUGUGGUAAUAAAGUGUUGUUUUGUCAUAGUGUU